AUGGAGGUCGCCGCGGCCGCCAUUGCCUUUGCGCAGGGCAUCGGCAUGAUUACCACCGGCAUCCGAACGCUACAUUCAAUCCUACAGGCUCCUGUUGAGUUUAUGGACUUGCUGAAUCAUCUUUCCACACUCAACGGGCGGGCUGAACUUCUCCGACGGUCUCUCGACUCCUUGGCAGAUGUCCAUUCGGACGUCCCCGACGUGGACAUCGACACGAUUCGCAAUCUUCAAGUACAGUUUGAGGAGAUUUCUAACCAGUUAAACGACGCAGCCACGAAUUUCAUUGCUAAAAGCAAGGGACUCGACAGCCAGGGACGUCACAGGAUCCCCAGAAUCACGUGGCAGAGGCAGCAGUCAAACCUGAUGGGACUUCGCCAACGAGUGAAGCAGCUGAGCAGCGAGAUGACAGAUUGUCUAGCUACUAUUAACACUUCUCAGGGGGUGCGGCAGACUGGUCUCAUGCUUGACGUCAGGACGGUCAUGGAACAGUCUUUUACGGCUGUUGCGUCACAAAUCCAGCACGGAAAUACCUUGACAGAGCAAGACCACGAGUCGAUUAAUCACAUCAUGCAGCAGAAUGAGACCCAGACUGCCCUCCUUCAUUCGACUUUGGCAAACCAUCAAGAAACCGGCGCAACCAUCAACAGAAGACUCGAUGUUUUCGAAACGAGAGUCGAGACGCAACUCUCACAGGUCAUGGCACACUUGUCCCCCAAUGAGCACCAGAAUUCGAAUCACAUCACGCAAAGCUCUCAGAUCAAAGCCCAGUUUGAUCGGACUGCGAUAUCAGUCAGCACGACUCUCAGGCAGACAUGUCCACCAAACUGCAGAUGCCAGUGCCAUCGGACUUCAUAUGCCCGCACGCCAGAGUGGCUGACCUCAGUCAUGGGAUCACUCUUCGUACAGUACAAGAGCCUUCCGAUACUGGGCAUCAAGAAAUGCGACACGCCGCUGUGUAAAUCAGCGUCUCAGUCAUCAAUUCAACUUCAGUGGUGUUUCCCCCGCUGGCUGGUAGCCCGGGCACUUAUGGCCUCGAUAUCGUGGGCCUCCAUCAACGAUGAGGGCGCGGCUCUGUUUCUAAAGAUUCCGCGGUCUAUCAGCGGUUUCACGUGGUUGACUUCGACAAACCAAGACGAUAAGCCCUUCAUGGAGCAUUUAAUGGACGGCACAAUUCGUCCGACUGAUAUCUUGGUUGAAUGGGGCCAAAGCUUUUUAACAGUAAGACCAUGA